AGGGCACAGCUUCGAUGUCUUGAAACAGAAGAGAUCCACAAAGAGAAACAGACGCACACAUUGGAUUUGGGGGUUUAGGGUUUGGGUGGGAGAGAAGAGGAGAGCCACAUGGCGUCCUCUGCUCAGUCCAUCGUCCGCUAUGGCGGUCCCGUCUCCGCCGGACCCACCGGCGGCAACUUUGACGCCCUCAACCGAAUCCUCUCCGACCUCUGCUUCCGUAACGCCCCCAAGACUGCUCAACAGGAGGGGGCUUCUCUAGCUUUCAAGAAACAUCUAGAGGAAGAAGCUCGUGAUCUUAGCGGAGAAGCUUUUUCCCGUUUCAUGGAUCAGUUGUACGAUCGGAUUUCUACUCUUUUAGAAAGUAAUGAUGCCGCGGAAAAUAUGGGAGCUUUGAGAGCUAUUGAUGAGUUAAUCGAUGUCGCUCUUGGAGAGAAUGCCUCCAAGGUUUCUAAAUUUUCAAAUUACAUGAGGACUGUGUUUGAAAUAAAGCGUCACCCUGAGAUUCUGGAACUUGCUAGCCGGGUUUUGGGUCAUCUAGCCCGAGCAGGUGGAGCAAUGACUGCAGAUGAUGUUGAACACCAGAUCAAAAUUGCACUUGAUUGGCUGCGUGGAGAAAGAGUAGAGUAUCGCCGUUUCGCUGCUGUCUUAAUCUUGAAAGAAAUGGCGGAAAAUGCUUCAACGGUGUUCAAUGUGCAUGUACCUGAAUUUGUUGAUGUUAUAUGGGUUGCUCUAAGAGAUCCUAGAUUGGAUGUUCGGGAGCGAGCUGUGGAUGCACUGCGUGCUUGUCUUCGUGUUAUUGAGAAACGUGAGACAAGAUGGCGUGUGCAAUGGUACUAUCGUAUGUUUGAGGCAACACAAGAUGGAUUGGGUAAAAAUGCUCCUGUUCACAGCAUACAUGGUUCUCUACUUGCAGUAGGAGAGCUUUUAAGGAAUACAGGCGAGUUCAUGAUGUCAAGAUACAGAGAAGUUGCUGAAAUUGUUCUCAGAUAUCUAGAGCACCGAGAUCCUCUUGUUCGGCGGAGCAUAACUUCAUUGUUACCGCGGAUUGCUCAUUUUCUGCGUGAUCGAUUUGUUACCAACUACUUAACGAUAUGCAUGAAUCAUAUUCUUGCGGUUCUGCGAAUACCAACUGAACGCGCUAGUGGAUUUAUUGCCCUCGGGGAGAUGGCUGGUGCUUUGGAUGGGGAACUUGUGAACUAUUUGCCAACAAUUAUUCCCCCCUUACGUGAUGCAAUUGCACCACGCAGGGGUAAACCCUCGCUUGAGGCUUUGGCAUGUGUUGGGAACAUUGCUAAAGCUAUGGGACCUGCUAUGGAACCUCAUGUUCGUGGACUUUUGGAUGUUAUGUUUGCUGCUGGUCUCUCCUCGACGCUUGUUGAGGCCCUUGAGCAAAUAGCCGCCAGUAUCCCAUCGUUGCUACCUCCCAUUCAAGAUCGGUUGCUUGAUUGCAUUUCAAUGGUCCUUUCACUGUCCCAUUAUUCACAGGGGAGAUCAACUGUAGGUGGAAAUCGAGCAAAUUUGACGAAUAUUCCUCAGCAAGCUUCAGACCUUAGUGGUCCAGCCCUUGUGCAACUUGCUUUGCAGACUUUGGCUCGUUUUAAUUUUAAGGGUCAUGACCUCCUUGAGUUUGCGAGAGAAUCCGUUGUUGUAUAUUUGGAUGAUGAGGAUGGAACAACACGAAAGGAUGCUGCCCUGUGCUGUUGCAGAUUAGUUGCAAAUUCUUUUUCUGGCUUAGCCUGCACACAAUUUGGUUCUAGUAGAUCCAAUCGCACUGGGGGAAAGCGUCGACGUCUGGUUGAAGAGAUUGUAGAAAAGCUUCUAAUUGCAGCUGUUGCAGAUGCUGAAGUUACUGUUCGCCAUUCAAUCUUUUCUGCUCUCCAUGGGAAUAGAAGUUUUGAUGAUUUUUUGGCACAGUCGGACAGUCUGAGUGCAGUUUUUGCUGCUUUGAAUGAUGAGGAUCUUGAUGUUCGAGAGUUUGCAAUAUCUUUGGCUGGGAGGUUAUCAGAAAAAAAUCCUGCAUAUGUUCUUCCAGCACUUCGUCGCCAUCUUAUACAGUUGUUGACGUACUUGGACAAGAGUGCAGAUAGCAAAUGUAGAGAAGAAAGUGCCAAGUUACUGGGUUGUUUAAUACGAAACUGUGAACGACUAAUACGCCCAUAUAUUGCUCCAAUACACAAGGCACUCGUGGCAAGACUUGAGGGUAAUGGUGUCAAUACAAACAAUGCCAUCAUUACUGGAGUUCUUGUGACUGUUGGAGAUCUUGCUAGAGUGGGUGGUUUCGAAAUGAGACAAUACAUGCCCAAACUUAUGCCCUUAAUUGUUGAAGCUUUAUCGGAUGGAGCAGCUGUUGCCAAACGUGAAGUUGCUGUUACCACUCUUGGUCAAAUUGUGCAGAGCACUGGGUAUGUCAUAACUCCAUAUAAUGAUUUCCCCCUGUUACUUGGCUUACUGUUGAAGUUGCUAAAUGGAGAGUUGGCAUGGUCUACCAGACGCGAAGUGCUAAAGGUUCUCGGAAUUAUGGGUGCCUUGGAUCCUCAUCUACAUAAAAGAAAUCAACUUAGCCUGUCAGGAUCGCAUGGAGAUGUUACCCGUGCUGCCAGUGAUUCUGGUCAGCAUCUCCAGUCGAUGGAUGAACUGCCCAUGGACCUAUGGCCAUCUUUUGCAACAUCUGAAGAUUACUAUUCCACGGUUUCUAUCAAUUCCCUAAUGCGAAUACUUAGGGACCCUUCCCUUUCUAGUUACCACCUAAAGGUUGUUGGAUCUCUUAUGUUCAUAUUUAAGUCAAUGGGGCUCGGUUGCGUUCCAUACUUGCAAAAGGUUCUGCCCGAUCUCUUUCUCAUUGUUCGGACAUGUGACGAUGCCUUAAAGGAUUUUAUAACAUGGAAGCUUGGCACUCUAGUGUCUAUUGUUCGUCAGCACAUACGAAAAUAUCUGCCAGAGCUGCUGUCUUUAAUUUCAGUAUUAUGGUCAUCAUUCAGUUUUCCUGCCGCUAGCCGUCCUUCACUUGGCUAUCCGGUUCUGCAUUUAGUGGAACAGCUUUGCUUGGCUCUCAAUGAUGAGUUCAGAACAUAUCUUCCUAAUAUUCUUCCAUGCUGUAUACAAGUUCUAAGUGAUGCAGAACGCUAUAAUGAUUACACCUAUGUUCUCGACAUACUCCACACUCUUGAAGUCUUCGGUGGAACUUUGGAUGAACAUAUGCAUUUACUUCUUCCUGCGCUUAUUCGAUUGUUUAAAGUGGACGCUUCGGUAGAGAUAAGGCGUGCUGCUAUAAAAACUUUGACUAGAUUGAUUCCACGCGUGCAGGUUACUGGUCAUAUAUCUUCUCUUGUGCAUCACCUGAAGCUUGUCUUGGAUGGGAAGAAUGAUGAACUUCGUAAGGAUUCUGUUGAUGCACUUUGUUGUCUGGCUCAAGCUCUUGGAGAGGACUUCACCACUUUUAUCCCGUCGAUACACAAACUUAUGUUGAAGCAUCGGUUACGGCAUAAGGAUUUUGAGGAAAUUGAAGGACGUUUGAAAAGACGGGAACCAUUGAUCUUGGGGAGCACAGCUUCCCAAAGAUUAAGUCGAAAGCUCCCAGUUGAGGUUAUCAGUGAUCCUUUGAAUGAUGUGGAGAAUGAUCCCUAUGAUGAUGGGUCUGAUGUGCAGAAACAACUUCGAGGUCAUCAGGUAAAUGAUGGUCGACUGCGAUCUGCUGGGGAGGCUUCUCAACGCAGUACCAAAGAAGAUUGGGCAGAAUGGAUGAGGCAUUUUAGUAUUCAACUUUUAAAGGAAUCCCCUUCUCCUGCCUUGCGAACCUGUGCAAGGCUUGCACAAUUACAGCCAUUUGUUGGGCGCGAGUUAUUUGCAGCGGGUUUUGUCAGCUGUUGGGCACAACUAAAGGAGACAAGUCAGAGACAAUUGAUUCGGAGUAUGGAAAUGGCAUUUUCAUCUCCUAAUAUUCCUCCAGAGAUUUUGGCUACACUUCUUAAUUUGGCAGAGUUUAUGGAACAUGACGAGAAAGCUCUUCCUAUAGAUAUUCGCCUCCUUGGUGCUCUCGCAGAAAAGUGCCGUGCCUUUGCAAAGGCCCUGCAUUACAAAGAAAUGGAAUUUGAAGGAGCUCGCUCCAAGAAGAUGGAUGCAAAUCCUGUAGCUGUUGUCGAAGCACUUAUACAUAUAAACAAUCAGUUACACCAGCAUGAGGCUGCUGUUGGAAUAUUGACCUAUGCCCAGCAAAUUUUGGAUGUCCAACUGAAAGAAUCAUGGUAUGAGAAAUUGCAACGAUGGGAUGAUGCUCUCAAGGCCUACACUGCGAAAGCUGCUCAAGCAUCGAGUCCCCAUCUUGUUUUGGAUGCCACUUUAGGUCGUAUGCGAUGCCUUGCUGCUUUGGCUAGGUGGGAGGAGCUUAACAAUAUUUGCAAGGAGUAUUGGACCCCAGCUGAACCUGCUGCUCGACUGGAAAUGGCGCCAAUGGCGGCUAAUGCUGCGUGGAAUAUGGGGGAGUGGGAUCAAAUGGCAGAAUAUGUGUCUCGGUUAGAUGAUGGUGAUGAAACUAAACUUAGGGGAUUGGGGAACACUGCUGCCAGUGGUGAUGGGAGUAGUAAUGGUACAUUCUUCAGAGUUGUUCUAUUAGUUCGUAGAGGAAAGUAUGAUGAAGCACGUGAAUAUGUGGAGAGAGCUAGGAAAUGCCUGGCAACAGAGCUUGCUGCUCUGGUUUUGGAAAGCUAUGAACGAGCUUAUACCAAUAUGGUCCGAGUUCAGCAGCUGUCAGAACUUGAGGAGGUGAUUGAUUACUGCACGCUUCCUGUGGGGAAUCCUGUUGCUGAAGGACGGCGAGCCCUUAUUCGUAAUAUGUGGACUGAGCGCAUUCAAGGAGCUAAAAGAAAUGUUGAGGUUUGGCAGACACUUUUAGCUGUUAGAGCGCUAGUGCUACCUCCUACUGAAGAUGUUGAAAACUGGCUUAAGUUUGCUUUGCUUUGCCGCAAAAGUGGACGGAUUGGUCAGGCUCGGUCUACUCUAGUCAAACUCUUACAGUAUGACCCUGAAACAUCUCAUGAAAGUGUGCGGUACCAUGGACCCCCACAAGUAAUGCUGGCAUACUUGAAAUACCAGUGGUCUCUUGGUGAGGAUCUUAAGCGCAAGGAAGCAUUUGCUAGGCUGCAGAAUUUGGCUAUAGAGCUUUCAAGUGCAAUGAGUACUGGCUUGAUGAGUUGUACUAGCUCAGGCGUUCCUCUCCUUGCUCGUGUCUACCGUAAACUUGGAAUCUGGCAGUGGGCGUUGUCUCCUGGAUUGGAUGAUGAAUCUAUACAAGAAAUCGUCAAUGCAUUUGGGAAUGCCACUCAGUAUGCUAAUAAAUGGGCAAAAGCAUGGCAUCAAUGGGCAUUGUUCAACACUGCUGUAAUGUCUCAUUACACUGUAAGAGGUUAUCCCAUUGUGGCAGCACAGUUUGUGGUUGCGGCAGUAACUGGAUAUUUUCAUUCAAUAGCAUGUGCAGCAAAUGCAAAAGGUGUUGAUGAUAGUUUGCAGGAUAUUCUUCGUCUUCUCACGUUGUGGUUCAACCAUGGAGCUACAGUGGAAGUCCAAAUGGCACUACAGAAAGGAUUUUCACUUGUUAACAUCAACACUUGGCUGGUGGUUUUACCUCAAAUAAUUGCCCGGAUACACUCUAAUAACCAUGCUGUGAGGGAACUAAUACAAUCAUUGUUGGUGCGAAUUGGACAAAGUCAUCCACAGGUUUGCUUUUGA